AUGAGUGUUUUGACCCUUACCUCUGCGGCGAGGGCGGCUUCUGGUGUUGUGGGCGAGCAGAGGAUGGAACCGAAGGAGUGGAAACAGGUUGAAAGAAGCGUCCAGGAGACAGUGGCAGAUGCAAAUUCGCCAACAGCGCAGCGUUUUAUCCGUGGAUCUUUCAAAAAGAACAAGUUCACGAGUGCCCUUAUGCUUCUUAUCCUCCUCACCCCGUCGGCGUUUCUUCUCUCCUUCUACUCCUCCAAGUUCGUCUCUAUUUGGGAGAAGUGGCGCGACCCGUACGAGCUCCCGCCGGGCUUCGACCCCAAAACCGGACGAUUCGUGUCAAAAGAUGCGCCGAAACAACGUACAGAGCCGCCGUCAGCCCUUGUUUUGAAGAGUUUGCCCGGUCAAUAA